AUGUCUGCGCAAAGGGCGUACUCCGACUUCUCGAGCACCGUCAAGCGCGACGUGGAGCGGACCAGCGGUUCCGCGGCGGAACUGGCGCAGGAGGAACAGGAACUGGUUCAGGAGUCUGGGAAAAUACACACCGACGUACAGACUGCCUGGGAAAGCAUGAACCAAGCGCUCCAAGCGCACAGGGACGCGUGCGCCCCAGAUGAUCUCCGCCCAAAAGGCGCUCAACAGAAAGAAGAUCCUUGGCUGACGGAGCGGUCUCUAGCGGAAGCGCACCUUCAACUAAAGAAAGCGUUGGCAACGUACCGGACCAGGCUGUCCGACUUUUUUGACAAAGCUAAGAUCUUGGACGGCAAAUUGGUCGCUACUCUCCAUUCGCUGCUCGAGUGCUACACGGUCGCAGUCCAAGCGCUCGCCGCGAAGACCCAAAAGCACGUCGACUUGUUAACCGCCGCAAUCGCUGCCAUCGAGCCCGAUACCGACAUCGCAGCUUUUGAGAAGACGCUUCCGAUCGUGAGGCCACCAACCGAAGCACCGGAAAGUCCCCGCGACAACCCGGGGCAAACCCCCGCCCCGGGUGGCAAACCAGGUGUAAAUGCGCUCCUCACGAGCCCCGAAGUCCGGAAAAAGGGCCCGGUGCUUCGGAUGGGCCAAGUCUCCGGGCAGUGGAAGGAGGGCGUGCUGGUGCUAACCCGGGCCGGCUUCGUGCACUGGUGCCACGAACAGGAGGACCUUCUCGUACCCGUUGCGGGGGCGACACUCUCGCUGUGCAGUGUUGAGGCUACGUCUCCCCUUGAGUUUUGCGUCACCGAGACGGAACGCCUGGGGAAGCUGUCCCUGUUAGUCAGGCCGAAGCAGCGGUCCCUCUCCUUCAAAGCCCGCUCGGCGGACGAAUGCGCCGCCUGGGUGGUUGCCAUCAAAGAGGCGAUUGUCGAGAGCAAUCUAGAGUCGCUCUUUUGA